UGCAAAAAUGCCGUGCAGUGAAGACGAUGAUUCCCAGAGUGGGUUCAUGUCGGAGCCUACUCAUGCUUUGUCCAAAGCUGAAUUACGGAAGACAAACAAGCCAAUCAUGGAGAAAAAGCGGCGCGCGCGCAUCAACAAUUGUCUCAACGAACUAAAAGAUUUACUAAUGGAUGCUACGGACAAAGACCCAGCUCGCCAUUCAAAACUGGAAAAAGCGGACAUCCUCGAACUAACUGUAAAGCAUUUGCAAACAUUACAAAGGCAGCAGUUGGCUGCAGCGAUCGCAGCGGACCCAGCUGUUCUGCACAGGUUUAAAUCUGGUUUCGGAGACUGCGCCGUCGAAGUUAAGAGAUACCUAUCAAGACUUGCCAGCGUACCAACAGGCUUACGAUACCGCCUUGGAAACCAUCUAAACUCAUGUAUAUCUGGUAUAGAACACUUGAACAAUGAAUAUACUCCAUUGAUACCAGACCCAUUACGCCUAGAUGACGAGAGACCCAGCGCUUUUCACUACGUUAAAGCAACAAGACCCACUAGUCCACCUUUAAGUCCAUUAUCAUGUGAUUCAGCCUGUGACUCCUCAACGGAAUUGGAAACCCCUCCUCGACCAGUUCAGAAAUUCCCUUUCCCAACACCACCGAGCCAUUCCGCAUCAGACCAAGACUCAAGUCCUGAACAAAGAGCCACUGUAUCCUCAACAACAAUCUCGCCAGAAACCUUAAAGCAAGAAGCAAUAAGAAAAAAAAAGUUCAUGGAACCUCUGUCAAUAGUAAUAGAUGUCGAGAAUUACAAAAUUGGUAUCGACGCAUCGCCGAAAAGAGCAAUAGAUUAUUCAAUCAGACAGAAGUUAAAACGCCAUUCCGAAACGAUAGGUCCUUUACCGAAAUUAAUAAGAGUUGAUACUGAAAAACCUAGCAUACCGACGAAAUCAAAAGGUUUAGAUACCGAUAGACUUAGUGUUGUACCGAAAUUGAUUGGUUUUGAUACCGUUAAACCAUUAAUGCCGGCAAGAGUACCUACAGAUAGAUUAGAAGUUAGUUCAGAGAAAUUGGAAGGUAAUAAAGUUUCAUUAGAAAAAUCUUCAGCAUUUAGAAAGUUAGAAAGGCUGCCUAGUUAUCAAGAAAGGAAACUCACGCUUCCUGAAAGUAUACCGGCAGUCAUGGAAAAACAGUUAAUAGGUAAUGUAGAAAAAAUACCGAUAAUAGUACCAAGAACAGUGAUAAGCCAUACAGCCGAAUCUCUAGCACAAUCAAGUUUUCAAACUCCGCAAACUGUUGAAGUAUCUAAAGAUGAGGCAGAAGCGGACACAAGUUCGAAGUCACCGCCACAAAGCAGUUCAAGUUCAGAAAUGUGGAGACCGUGGUGAAGUUGUUUAAAAUUUUUAUGCAUCAGGAUUUGUCUUCCAGAAUUUAACGGAUAAAUUCGUUAUAAAACUGUG